AUGUACCGAUCCUCUAUGCAGAGCUAUGCCGCUUCACUUCUCCCUGAUGGCUGUGCCCAGCACCUGAGCCCAAGGCGAGAGCCUCAGUCACCUCGCCCUCACUACGGCCCUGAUCUAACGCACGGUUGUGAUCUGGUCCAGGAUCCAUUCGCGUCGCCUCAUAUCACACCAGUAAAGGUUGUCCUUCCUACUCGAAAAGGCCAAGUCUAUGUGUAUGAUUCACCCAAAGCGGAGCCACAGGAUGAGUAUGAUGUUCCCAGGCAUCUGCUCCCAGCUGGACCCCAGGAGAUUUAUGAUAUACCCACCAGGUGUUUAGUGAACAGCUACAGCCCAGAGGUUUAUGACAUUCCACCAAUGGCAGUAAAAGGCCCCGUCAACCGAGACCAAACCCAAGAGAUUUAUGACAUCCCUCCCAGCGUGGAGAAAAACAUGCAGGAGCAGCUACAGUCUCAUUUAAUGAUUUAUGAUAUUCCACCCUCUGUGAGUAAAGAUGUUCCAGAUGGUCCUCAAAGAGAAGACACCUAUGACUUCCCACCUGCUUUCUCCAACCAAAAAAUGCAGCAUCCACCUCAGGCUCCUACUCACAUCCAUGAUCCUGAGCCGUACAUCCCUGAAGAUAUCUAUGAUAUUCCUCCUGCUGCUGUUAAGGGCAAUGAUUUAUCAUUUUCCCAGGAGAUAUAUGACGUCCCUCCUAGCUUAAGGAAACCUGCGGGACAACAAAAUUUCCAUGAUGUUUAUGAUGUUCCGAGAGAGUUCCAUGUUGGAAAAGCCUCACUGGAGACAGAGUCGGAUUAUAUAUAUGAUGUUCCUCCUCAGGUUGAUAGGGAGGUCAAAGCUGUUGAUGAACUGGCUAGCAGCUUUAAGAGGCUGUCUGCUUCCAGCACAGGUAGCACCAGAAGCAAUAUUUCCACAUCUUCUCUUGAUACAAUUCCAGUGAAAGAAUCUUCUGUUAUUCAACCAAAGACUGCAGGGAAGGAGCUGAACCUUGAUUUAGAUGCUGCCAUGGAACUGUUGGUAAAGUUACAGCAUGGUGUCAAUAGUUCCAUCUCCUAUUUGAUGUCCUUCAUCAGCAGUACUUGGAGAAGUCCAGAGCAGAUGGAAACCAAUGCACAGAGCAUCCAGGCUGCAGCGGAAGGGGUGAAAACCACAGUUAAAGAAUUGCUGGAAUUUGCCAGAGGAGCAGUAGUAAACUCAAUUCAAGCAUCUGACCGGACUCUACAUACCAAGCUCAGCAAACAAUUACAGAAGAUGGACGAUGUUUACCAACACCUGCUUAAGCACAGUCAGGCAUUAGAUAACUGUAAUUGGGCCAUGAAUGUUUUGGUAGCCAACAAACAGGGCGCUUCAGAUGACCUUGAUCGCUUUGUCAUGUAUUCCAGGGGGAUACCAGAUGACACCAAACAGUUGUCUUCUUUUCUACAUGGAAAUGCUUCCUUGCUCUUUAAAAGGACCAAGCCUCAACUUGCAUUAGGAGAGUCCCAAUCUGGGCAGGACAAUAGCAAUCAUUUAGCUAAUAACAAUAAUAAUUUAUCUGUUGGUCAAACAGGACACACAGAAAAGGCCAAUAUACAGUCAAGGCCUUUGCCAUCUCCACCCAAGUUUAUAGCAGAAGGGUCCCCGGAAGGGCAAUAUGAAAACAAUGAGAGCGGCUGGAUGGAAGAUUAUGACUAUGUCCAUUUACAGGGUAAGGAAGAGUUUGAGAAAACACAGAAAGAGCUGCUGGAGAAAGGAAACAUCAUUCGACAGGGGAAAGGUCACCUGGAACAGCAUCAGCUAAAACAGUUUGAACGUCUAGAAGAGGAGGUUGCCCGACCCAUUGAAAAUGAUCUGUCAAACUGGACACCCCCUCAACACUACAGCCAAGUCCGCAGCACCCUCUGCAACUCUGACCGGCAGCUUCUUCUCUUCUACCAAGAGCAGUGCGAGGCCAAUGUCACCACCCUCACCAACGCCAUCGAUGCCUUCUACACCUCCAUCAGUAACAAUCAGCCUCCCAAAAUUUUUGUGGCUCACAGCAAGUUUGUCAUCCUCAGUGCCCACAAGUUGGUCUUUAUCGGGGACACUUUGUCACGCCAAGCCAAAGCUCAGGACAUCCGAAACAAGGUUACCCACUACAGCAACCUCAUGUGUGACAAGCUCAAAGAGAUAGUUCUCACCACUAAAACAGCAGCACUUCAGUACCCAUCCCCAUCAGCAGCCAAGGAUAUGGUGGAGCGAGUCAAGGAUCUCAGUAAUAGCACCCAGCAGUUCAGAAUGGUGCUUGGUCAGAUGGUCGCCAUCUGAAAGACCAACUGAUUUCGUUAUCAAGAGACAAACAUCAGGGUUUGCAAGAGGUCCUGAUUGCUCAGUGAGCUUUGACUUCUCCUUAGAAACAUUAAUUAACUAUUAUUCUACUUCAU